AUGAGCAACAAUAAGCAGCCGAUAUCUUCGUCUCCGAGUGGCAGCACAAAUCAUGCUCCAUCAUCGUCGGGUGGUGGUCAAAGACAGCAACACAGAGCAAGUGGAAAUCAGCAGCAAGCUGGAAAGAAUGAUCAGUCUUCUCUUUCCGGACAAAAGAAGAAUCCUCCUUCUUCUGUUGCUAUUACUGCAAACAAAGGUGCUAAGAGUACUACGAGCAACAAUCCAAGCGCAUGGCAAGGUAGUAGUGCUAAUACUACUACAACAACAGCUUCUCCUAGCCAGCCAUCAUCAGCAGAACCAAAGAAAUCCAAUCCAACACUUGCAACCAAUGUGGUCAAUUCACCCAAUACACAGCAGUCAAUGGAUGAAGAUGCCGAAGGGUACAGACAAAUGGAGAGUGGUGUAGUGAUGGAUGAGCCUUCCAUUCAACUUGUCGUAAACUCCAAGUCGGGUGGUAUUCGUAAUUAUUCAAUUCGUUAUCAGGAUCAAUCGAAUACAACUACUGAUAAGAUUGAACUAAUUCCCUCCGAGGAGGUUCCACAGUUGAGCACUCAACCUUCUGACCUCUUGAUGUACUCUGAUGACGGAACCUAUUUGGCUUACCUUGAUAAGAUUGAUCCAUUCUCACCUAACAAAGUUUCCAGACUCUUUGUCAUGGACUCAUUCUCAGGCGUCAAUAGAUACAUUCUUGUUCAGCAAAAAGAAAUUGCCAUCACAAAAGUUCAUUUCUCUCCUCGAAAUAGCUAUUUAAUAACUUUGGGAAAGUGGAACGGGGAAGCAACAGGACAAGAUGACAAUAUUUUGAAUUACAAUUUGAGAGUGUGGAAAUUAAAACCAUCAGCAAGCACACAGGGUGGACUAUCCUUGAAUUUGUCUUCCACUCCAAUCGAAUUGAAUGAGAGCGAGCAUUUACUUAUGAAAUUUUCACACAAGCCUACUGAGAGCGGAUUAUGGCCAGUGAUUCAAUGGAAUGAAGAUGAAACUCUCAUGGCUUAUUUCAAUCCUUCUCAAGAAACUGUCACUUUUUACAAUGUUGAGGAAACAUUGAAUGAGCAAACAGGACAAAAACAAAUAUCGUUCCAACUUCGUAACGAUAUUGUCAUUCAAAGAAAAGUGCACGCAUUUGCACUUUCUCCAAAGAGUACAUUUGCAAUUUAUACACACAACACUAACAAAUCAACUGAGCAAAAUAGUGUGAGACUGUACAAAUUGUCCAAUGUCAAACGUCCAGCAGCAACCAAACAUUUUUCACACGAUGUUGACUCUGUGGAAAUGCGUUGGAAUAAGAUUGGUACCGCCUUACUCGUGUAUACAGCAACAAACACCGACCAAAGUGAUAAGAGUUAUUAUGGUGAAAACAAGCUAUACUAUGUGAGAUCCAAUGGUAAUCUUUCUAAGGAUAUUCAAUUGGAGGAAGAAGGACCAGUUCACGAUUUGCAAUGGUCUCCAAGAGGAAACGAAUUUGUUGCUGUCUAUGGCUAUUCUGGCCCAAAUAUGAGAGCAACCUUGUUUGAUGCUCAAUCUCAACCAAUUUUUGAAUUCUUACAACAACCAGAAAACACUACCAACUGGAAAGUGAACAAAAUUUUCUAUGCACCUCAUGGAAGAUUUCUCGUGCUGGCUGGAUUUGGAGGCUUCACUGGUACACUUCUCUUCUUUGACAGAGAGAGAAAACGUUUGAUGGGAAUUAAUCAAGCUGCAGAACCAACCUUUGCACACUGGUCUCCAGACUCUCGACUCUUCAUUGUUGGAACUCAUUACCCCAAGUUACGUGUUGCCAACAAGUUCCAAAUUUACAAGUACAAUGGCCAAUUAAUGUAUCAACUCACGUUGCCUCAAGAUGAUUUCCUCUAUCAUGCCAUCUUUCGUCCUGUAUUAGCAAGCAGACACAAGAAUCGUCCUCCUUCACCUCGUGUCCUCAAUCAAGGUGUCGUCAAUGGAACCUCUUCAGCUUCAGCCAACAAGAAUUCCUCUCAACAAUUCCAUUCACAAUCUCCCAACACUACAGCUAAAGUUUCUGCCUAUGUUCCUCCACACCUUCGAGGAAAAACUGCUGAUGUUGCUCAUGGACCACCUCCAGGAAGUAAUUUCAAUCCGUCAUCAUCUUUGAAUGCAUCGAAACCUUCUUCAGGAGGAGCUCCAGUCAAAACAGUUGUGGCGAAUAUAUUUGCUGGAAAAUCAGAGGCAAAUCAACCACAAGGUAAAAACUCUCCACCUCCACCCAAUUACGAAAUGGCUGAAAAGAAGAAGAAGAAGAGAAUUAGAAAGCGAAAGAAGAAGAAGGGCGUUAAUGAAGGAGAAGCCGGUUCCAAUGCACAAGGCGGUGACAAUGACGAAGAAGAUGUCGAUGAAGAGGAAGCAGAUGAAUAA